AUGCCCGAGUCCAGGAAGUUGGCCAAGCAGGGCAUUCACAUCGAGUUGCUGAUUUGCUGCGGCGACUUCAUGUGGCUCGGGUGGGAGUGGGAGUGGACCCGCUUACGCGAGAACCCCCAAGGGGCCUUGAAUGCCUCCUCCUUGAAUGGUCCAGUUGCGAUGCAAUAUUGGAUCACAUUCUGGUGUGCAGUUUUGGAGCAAGUUUUCCCGCAACCUGUGACUUGGCUGGAGAUUCCAAUCUUCCAGCAGUUGCGGACAUGGAACAUGAUCAUCCUCAAUGAUCACGAAGCUGGACCGGAGUCUUUGAAGAUAGCCAAGGCCACCAUCAUCACCACCUUCAUCGGCACCAUCACCAUUGUAGUCUUUCGGAUGCUGUCUGUUGCACCAGAAGACCCCAAGGACUUCCCGAAGUACUUCGAUGGGCGCGCUGAGGCACCGGUGACCACUGUCUUCGUGGGUGGGCGCAAUGAAGCUUCCAACCUGCUCCGGGAACACUACUACGGUGGCUGGGUGGCCCCGCGGAUCUACUAUCUGGGCCCCGCCGGUGUCGUCCGCUGCGGCCCCUUGCGCAUUGCGGGUGUCGGAGGGCUCUUCGCCUCCAAUGACUACUUCCGGGGGCGCCAUGAGUGCCCGCCCUACACUGAGGAGUUCAAGAAGAGCGCCUUCCGUGCCCGGGAGUGGGAUGCCGCGCGGUUGGAGAAGCUGCAAGAGCCGGUGGAUUUGGUCAUCUCAUAUGACUGGCCUCGAGGAAUUUGGAAGCAUGGCCCUUACGAGACGCUCAUCAAACAGCAAGAACUGGGAGAGAACCAGAAGAGGGAGAUGGAAGGGAACAACUUGGGGUCUCCCGCGGCCAUGGAGUUGCUGAAGAAGUUGCGGCCACCCUUUUGGUUUUCCGCCAGCCUCCAGGUGCGCUUCCCGGCGCUGGUGAACCACGGCGACGGCACCUUCACGCGCUUCUUGGCGUGUGAGCGAUGUAGAGGUGGCAAAGAGUUCUUGCAGGUGUUGGACAUCGAUCCUCGUAGCUUCUCGGGUUUGCAGCCCUUGCCUUCGCCCCAGUGGCAGCGUGCGACGCCCGCGCCCGCGCCGCGGACGCCGCUGUGCUACGAUGUGGAGUGGAUGGCACUGCAAAAGGUCAAUCACGAGAAUAUUUCCUUUACUUGGCAUCCGGCCAAAGCCCGUGUGCUGGUGCCCAGCAAGGAGGACCUCGCAUGGAUCCAGAAGCGUCUCAAGGCGGCCUGCGGCGCCGUGGCGCGCGCGGGCGGCCAGAGACGGCACCCCAACUUGACGCCGACGAAGAUGCGCAAGAGCCGCGGCACCGGCAGGCAGACUUUCCAAAGCUUCUCCACACUCCAGUUGCGUGAGCUCUUUGAGAUCCGCGGGCUAGACUUCCCCGGGCACUUGGAUAAGGCCUCGAUGAUCGCGCGCCUGGAAGCAUUUGAUGCCAAGCAUGGCGAGGAGGAGCACUGGAAGGAAGCCGACGUGUCCUACCCGAUCCCCUCGGAGUUCAUCCCGGGUCCGGCCAAGCAGCGACAGCGGAUUCUGGACAUGUUGGAGCUUCCCGACAUUUGGAAGGACCAGGAGGAGCAUCGCAAGAACCUGCUGCGUGCCGCCCGCGGAGAGCCCCCAGAGGAGCCCGCCAAGCCUGAGGCAGAGGCGCAAGAGGGCGAAGUGACUGGCAAGUCACCGUCCAGUUCCAGCGAAUCCGAUGACGACGUCGCCUUUGCGUUGCAGAGCGCGGCGCAACCCGCGGCGCAACCUGCAGCGCAACCCGCGGCGCAACCCGCGGCGCAACCUGCAGCGCAAGCCGCAGCGCACGCCGGGGCGCAAGCCGCGGAGACGGCACAGGAGGAGGUGGACUGGGAGCCCGAUGAGGACGAAACGCGACCAUGUGACCAGGUCGAGGUCACGCCGGUGGCGGAGCCAGCAGCACAGACAGCUGAGCCUGUGCAGCCGGUGACGGAGCAGCUGACUUUGGAGCUUGAGGAGCCUGACCAAGCCCGCGUGCCAGAAGAGCCUGACCUAGCCCAAGCCCGCGCGAAGGAGGUGGAAGUGAUUGAGAUCCCUGCAGUGGAGCUGAAGUCCCAUGAGCAGGUGGGUUUGGAGCUGAACACCUCUGCCCAACUGCUGGCCGAAGCGCUCAUGAGCCUCGGGGAUGAGGAGGAGGAAGGCCUGUUGAGCUCGGCAGUGGAGGAGGAGGAUGCAGGAAAGGAGCCAAUCGAUGAUCCUGUGGAGGCCUUGGAGGCGGAGGCUGCUCAACUGGAAGAAGAGGCCGCCGGCUUCGCAGCUUUGGCUUUGGCCUUGGAGGAAGCUGAGCGAGAAGAGGCUGAAGCUGCGGAAGCCGCACCUUCUCCGCCUGUGAGGCAGCUGACAUUGCCACGCAAGCGGCGGCGCUUCUGAGAGGUGCACCCAUCGGAGCUGCCACCCUGCGCGCCACGAUUGCCCUGACCGCUGCACGCGACAAAAUGCGAUAAGAGGAUGUGUGGAUGAGAGGACUGAACGAUUUCAGAGUGGAUUGUGGAAGAAACUCUUUUGUUCCAAGCAACUUCCUUACGAAGUCUCCAAUGGACUACCCUACACCCCCCUGUGGAUCUCCAUUGAACACAGCUUUGAAGGUCCAUUCGUUUAGUAGAGGAUGCCACCAACUGGAUUUCACCUCCACUUGCUUAGUCGCUCAGUGACCUUUUCACGAAAUCUUUCAAUUGACCUCAUUCUUGGGAGGUCAGGCAUGAAAGGUGCUGGAGUCGAGAUAACUCUCAGGCUUUGGUGGCCUUGUUGAUCAAACCUGC